AUGGCUAUUCAUUACGUCAAACCGAAUGGCUCUGUGCCUAGUGUUUCUAGGCAUAGUACCCCAGAGCCUGAUAUCCCAAAGCAAGAUGUCCACGAACAUACAGCGUCGGAGUCUAGUGUCACUGGGUCUAGUAGCUCAAAGCCUAGUACCCCAGAGCAACCUGAUGCCAAGCCAGCCGAGCUAGUUACAGUCGAGCCAGCCGAACCAGUCAAGGAAGCCAAUCCAGGCAAGCCAGACAAGCCAGAGGAGGAAGAGAAGCCAGUACACCUCCCGCGUGCGGAUCGAAUGAAUCAAACUCCAACCAAGGGAAAUGCACAGGGCCUCUUUCUUCCUGAUUGUUGCGUUUUUGUGGGAAACCUCUCUAUCAAAGUUUCUCUUGAAAAGUUGGAAGCAGAUCUUACAGACAUGAUCUCUACAUUUGGCCGGUGUCAUGUUAAGAUCAAACUGUCACAGGGUUUGAAGAAACUACCUGUUGCAUUUGUACAAUUUGAAGACAUCAAAGCAGCAAAUUCUGCAUUGAAACAAAAUGGAAACCUGAUGCUUCAUAAUCGGGUGUUGAGAUUGGAAUCAUCUAGGGCUAGACGAACUGCCCACUUCGGUUAUCUUACUGACGAACCCAUCGAUAAAUCUGUAAUCGUCGAUGCCUUGAAGGGACUUGGUAGUCUUGAGGGCAUAAUCAUUGAAGACUACGUUAACCCCCAAGGGGACGACUCUACCUUUGGCGUUGUCACUUUCGCAUACCCUGACGAUUACGCUGAUGCCCUUCAGCAUUUUCAAAACCACCCCGAGUAUUAUAUGACUAGACCUACCAUGGACCCCAACGACAAUCAGCUUCCUCAGGAUUACCCUGCUCCAGGACACAGGCCUUCUAACCAGCCUCCCCCAAACCGUGGCAAUCAGCAGCGGUACAACAACGGCCGCAGAUCGUUUCACCGUCCAUGGUACAGUGGGAACAACAACAACAGAGGUGGAUUUCGAAAUGCUCCUGGCGGUGCCCCCAGACACCAAAACCCAUCUUUUGCAAAUCAUGGUCACAGUCAAAGCUUCAAUGGCCAAGGCCAUUCACCUCACGGUUCUUUCUCUCAGAAUUACCCAGGUGGCAACGGUUCCCCUCAUAACAACUUCAAUCAGGGCUAUCCCAACCCUAACUAUCAAAACUUCCCUGGCAACAACUUCCCCCCGAAUUAUCAGGGCAACAACUUCCCCCGAAUUAUCAGGGCAACAACUUCCCGCCAAACUACCCAAAUCAAAACUUCGUAG